AUGUUUCAGAGCAAAACGUUUGUGAUUUUGACUGGUGCAAGUAAAGGAUUUGGACAAGCUUUGGCCUGUUCGCUAGCUCGAGAAUUCUCCCAAAAUAUUCCUGGGAAAGAAUCUGUGCUGGUAUUGGUUGCCCGCUCUAAAAAAGGGCUUGAUGAAACCAGACGUAUGGUGGCAACGAUAUCUAGCGAUUUAAAUGGUUAGUAUACUUUUAGAAACAGCCAAGGACCCACCGAAAAACAUGAGGGGAAGGGAAGGGGGGGGAGGGGGUAUUCUGUGAUGUGGCUCACGUUCAUAAAUUUAGAUUUUGUGCAAUAUGCAUUGUUCCCUAAAAACCCGUAGCUAUUACAUGUGUAAACAAAAAGGUACCACUGCAGUUGAAAUCUAUCAACUUUUAAUUUGCUAUUAAGUCUUAUUGUAAUAUUAUAAGCCAAUCAUGAAUAUUUUCAGUUGUAAACACCAUAUUAACACCUUAUGCAUUCAAUAUAAUAUGGCUUUUAUGAAAUGCCCUCUUACUAAUUUUGACAGGAAAUAGUGUUUGUAAAUCAAUAUCAAUAUUGGCAUAUGUGAAAUUCCCUUGCAUAACAAUCUCACUCAUAUAACAAUCAAAUUGUGUUUGUUUAGUUCAUGUCGUACCUGGAGACUUGUCAGAUGUGAGCAAUCUGGACAAAUUGACAUCAUCAAUAUUUGGAAUUGUGAGUCUAGUAAUGUUUAACCCAAUGAGUGACAGCACUCUCCCAUUGACAAGUAAUAUCAUCUGGCUCUAUGUUUAGAGUUAAUGCCAUUCCUUCAGUACGCAUUUACCCGAUAAUCUAACCAAAAUUAAUUUAAAACAGGUUGAUCCCAAGCAGUUCAGUUGUGCAGUUCUAAUAAAUAAUGCAGGUAGUCUCGGGGACAAGAUCAAAUCAAUACCGAACCAUACCGAUGUUAAUAAAAUACGCACGUACAUGGACUUAAAUAUCACUUCAAGUUUUUACCUUACGUAAGUUGGUUUGCAUAAACUGGAUUGCAAUUGAUAGCUUCCAUUUAACUUGUCUUCUUUCUUCCACUUCUCUUCCCAUUUCCACUCCUUCCUAUCACCCUUCUCUUUAUCCUACCUUUCCCUCCUUUUUAUCAUCCCUCACUCAUUGCAGUCCUCCUUUCUUCCAUUCCUGCCUCAUUUCUUUCACCCAUCCUUCCUUCCCUCCCUCUUCUUCCAUUCCCUGCAUGCAUCCUCCCACCUUUGUCUCCUUCCUUCUUUACUUCCCUUUCUCUUCCCACCCCCUCCUGCUCUUCACCCUUCCUUCUGUCCAUCCUUUCUUUCCUCCCUUCUACUUCCUCCCCCAAUUCCUCCCUUCUCCCCCCAAUUCCUGCCUUCCUCCCCAAAUUCCUCCCUUCCUCCAAUUCCUCCCUUCUCCCCCCAAUUCCUCCUUUCUUCCCCCAAUUCCUGCCUUCCUCCCCCAAUUCCUCCCUUCUUCCCCCAAUCCCCCCUUCCAUUUCCCACUUUUUCCCUGCCUUCCCCCAGUCCUUACCUACUAAUACUUUACCAAUACUUUGCUGCUUUUCAGCUCCCGUUUUAUAAACCACUUCUCUGCUGCUAAGAACUAUGUGAUCCACAUAUCAUCUUUAUGUGGUAUUCAACCGACGCCUUCGUUGUCUCUCUAUUGCACUGGAAAAGCUGCCAAAGACAUGUUUCAUCAAGUGCUGGCUUUAGAAUCAGUACGUUACUCAAAUAAACUUUAGUUUAGGCUUCCGCCGAGAGAACGGUUUAAAUAGAACUUUAAGUUAGUUUAGUUUUCGGUUUUCCUCCUGUAGUAAAACUGGAUCAAUAAGAGAUGAUCCUUACUUGUGAGUUGUCCUCGAGGGAGAACAGUUCAGAACUGAUAGAGCUAUCCAGUAUAAAUAGAGUUAGUUUAGUUUAGGUUUCCUCCUGUUAAGUAAAACUGGAUCAAUACGAGAUGAUCCUUGCUUGAUCUCUAAGGAGAACAGUUUAAAACUGAGAGCUAUCCAGUAUAAAUAAAGUUAGUUUAGUUUAGGUUUCCUCCUGUAAUAACACAAUAAGGGAUGACCUUUACUUGUGCUCUAGGGAGAACAGUUUAGAACUGCUAGAGCUAUCCACUGUAUAAAUAAAGUUAGCUUAGUUUAGGCUUUCUCGUAUUGGUCCACUGGAUCAAUAAGAGAUGACCCUUACUUGACCUCUAGGGAGAACAAUUUAGAACUGAUAGUGCUAUCCAAUGUAUAAAUAAAAUUAGGUUUUAUCCCGCAAACACUGGGCCCAAAAUAAUUGCCUGUGCUGAACAUUUAGUGAAAACUGUUCUGUAUUUUUCAUACUUCAGGAAGACAUUCGUGUCUUGAACUACGCGCCGGGACCGAUGUAUACUGAAAUGUUUGACGAUAUUAUGAACAACAGUGACAGUGAUGAACUAAGAAAAAUGUUUGUCGAAAUGAAAACAGAGGUUUGUA